UGCUCGGAAGUAAGCAAGGAAAACGUCAUGCCGUUCUCUAGUGAGCUGUCUGUUUGGUGAGAGCACUGGCUUCGUUAUCGAAAUUAUAUAUUUGAGUGUGCUUAUUAUGGAAACAUACAAAACGUAUUAGUGCUGCUCGCUCAUCUAACAAGACGAAACGUUUGCAAGUGAAGUGUGAGAGCCUCAAGAUAGCGUGGUGCAGGUGCGCGAGCCAACACGCGCUUGUAACGUUGUCUGCAGUGAGCAGCAGCACGACUAGUAGCCACGCUACAUUAGCUAACUAUGACCUCGAAAGUUUGCCAUCUACUGUUUUAAACAGUUAGCUGGCUAGCUACUUUUUGCUGUAUAUAGCUAUGACCUAGACACAUUUUGUAGUGGUCAUGAAUGAAUAACCACUCAUUUCUAUUUUGAGGAGAGAGUAGUAGGUCUACCCUACUCAACAUUGUAUGUCAGCAACAUGGCAUUCACCAGCCUUUUUUCAAGUCUUCCAAACAAAGAAUUUGACACGACGCCUUGUGAGUCGAGAGAGAGAUUUCAAAGGGAUGAAAGGCAACUGGAACCAGUUAAGCUGGAGAAGGAGAACGAAAGGGAUGCCCAGUCCAGAAAGAGGCCAUUGCAAAGGGGUCAGCAGAGUGGCCCCAGGAAGAGAAAAAAAGGGGACCAACAGGAGCAGUCUGGCCAGGCCAAGAAAAGUACGAUUCAUAAAGGCCCACCACAAUCUUAUAAAGACUUUGACUCUGUGGACCGAGACUACAACAUGGUGAAGUGUGAUUACGAGCAACCAAGCCUUGACUUCAGUAGAGAACUGGACUUCUACAGCCAUAGCAAGGAAGGUGAACACCCAGGACACGAUACAGAGAAGUCGGGUAGGAAGAACAUGAGGCCCGGAGAAGCAAAGAGUCCUGAUCAGAAAAAGGAUGUUCAAGGUAUAAACAGGAAGAAAGGACGGAAGCAAUGGGAGCCUCAUCAGCAGAGACUUGACAACCAGGCCAGAGGCAGAGGGGGAAACUCUGCCAGGAGGGGUGGGGAUUUUACCGGAAUGGGUGGACGUGGCACUAACCAGCCCAGAGACUUCUCCAUCAGGGGUGGAGGUGGUUCCAACAGGGGUGGAGGUGGUUCCAACAGGGGUGGAGGUGGUUCCAACAGGGGUGGAGGUGGUUCCAACAGGGGUGGAGGUGGUUCCAACAGGGGUGGAGGUGGUUCCAACAGGGGUGGAGAGUGGAACAAUAGAGGCCCGGGCUGUGACAGGAGGGGCGAUUGGUCAAAGCGAGGCACUGACCGGUCACGUAGAGGUGGACGACAUUUCCCAGAUGGACGUUUAACACUAGAAACUUUGACUGGAAAGGGGAAAAAGAACAUGACAAAGGAAUUCAAAGACCAGAAUGCUUUGGAGAUUGACGGAAGGUUAAUCUGUCGACAUUUCCUCAGGGGAAAGUGCAUCAAGGGUGAUGACUGCCAGCUAGAACAUGCUCUGGACGUCAACUACUCUAUCAACGAAGUGUGUAAAUUCUACGUCCAGGGAUCCUGUUCGAAAGGACAGAGCUGCAUAUACAUGCACAAGAGUUUCCCCUGCAAGUUCUUCCAUACCUAUGGGAAGUGCUACCAAGGAGACCAGUGCAGGUUUUCCCAUGAACCCCUGACUGAGCUCACCAAACAGCUACUGGAGGCGGCAUUGAAGAGGGACAAGGACAUUGAGGAACUGGCUAAAAAGGACGAGCCAAUCAGCAUGGAGGAGCCAGUGUCCACAAAGGAGUCAGCAACAGCUGAGGAGACGAAGCCUGUUAUUGACAUAUUCCUGAAUCCACUAAGGCCUAACUUUUACAACAGCUCAUGCCCCUCUGAGCCACAUGCUGAGGAAAGUUCCCCCAUGUGUCAGAAUGAAGUGUCAUCUGAGGUCGUGGAGAAGGAAAUUGCCCGUUGUGCAAACUCCAUUCGGUCUCCUGAUCCUCCCCCAAGCUCUCCUGGCUUUAAGGAACUGGUUUCUUAUUCAGUUGAGGCUGUGCUUGGGUCCCAUAGGCCCCUGGAAAAACCCUUCCGCAGCUUCUUUGCAGCCUCUAUCAGCCAGACCUCACAGACCCAACCAGAUCCCCCUGCAACUACAUUAGUUCCUCCAGACUCUAUCUGCCCGCCUGAUCCAACCCUAAACUCUACAUGUGGCAAGAUAAAUGUUCCUUAUUCAGUCGAAGCUGUGCUUGGAUUCCAGAAGCCUGUAGAAAAAGCCUUCUGCAACCAAUUUUCAGGAUCCAUCACCCAGACCUUCCCACCCCCCACACAGAUCCGAUCAGAUCCCCCCAGCAAUACGUUAGUUUCUCCAGACCCCAUUCGGUCAUCUGAUCAUCGUAUGAAUAAGAGGCCGGCUCCUUAUUCAGUUGAGGCUGUCUCUACGGCCCAGAAGCCGGUGAAAAAACCCUUGUGCAGUCUCUUUGCAGGGCCGAUCAGCCAGACCUCCACUACACCUUCCACACAGAAGUCUGCUAAUUCUCCCAUAAACACCCCAGGCUGUAAGGGACCCGCUUCUUAUUCAGUUAAGGCUGUUCUUCAGUCCCACAAGCUUGUGGAAAACCCUGUCCGCAGCCUCUUUGCAGGCCCCAUCACCCAGUCCACUCGCCACCCUGAUAUACAGACCCAACUAGAUCCUCCUAGCACUACAUUCAAUCCUCCAGACUCCAUUCGGCUCCCUGAUCCUCCUUCAGUCUAUAAGAGGCCGGCUUAUUAUUCAGCUGUGCUUGGGUCUCCUAAAUCUUUGAAACCAUCCUUCAGCAGCCUCUUUGCAGGCCCCAUCAGCCAGACCUCCUCUCCCCAACCUCCCACACAGAUCCAACCAGAUUCCCAUAGCACUGCAUUUGGUCCUUCAGACUCUGCUCCUCCUGCAGGCUGUAAAAGGCCGGCUUUGUAUUCUGUUACGGCUGUGCUUGAGCCCUGUAAGCCCGUGGAAAACCCCUUCUGUAGCCGUAUUGCAGGAACCAUCAGCCAGACCGCUCCUGACCCUCCCUCACACACUCUGAACUCCCCAGGUUGUAAGGCACCAACUUCUAAAAAGCCCAUGGGAAAACCCUUCCGUAGCCUCUUCGCAGGUCCCAUCAGCCAGACUUCCACUAACCACCCUCCCAGACAGACCCGGCCAAAUCCCCCCAGUACUACAUUUGGUCCUCCAGACCCCAUUCGGUCUUCUGAGCCUCUUCCAGUCUGCAAGAGAUGGACAUCUUCAGUUGAGGCUGUCAGUGAGUCCCAGAAGUCCAUGGAAAAACCCUUCCGUAGCCUCUUUGCCGGCCCCCUCACACAGACCUCCACUUCCGGCCAUCCAACACAGAUCCAACCAGAUCCCCCCAGAAAUGUCACUGGCUGUAAUAGACCAGCUUCUCAUUCAGUUGAGGCUGUGCUUGAGACUCAGAAGCAAUUGGGAAAACCCAUUCGCAGCCUCUUUGCAGGGCCCAUCAGCCAGACAACCCCCCUGACCCUCCAACACAGACCCGGCCGUAUCCCCGCAUAGUCGAGCCUAAACAUGAGGUUCCAGACCCAACACCACUCACUAUGCCUCCAGAGCCAACCUCAACCAAUUCUGUUCUGAGGACCCUCUUCCUACGCCUGAGCCCAUGCCGCCAGGAGGGGGAGCAGGUGAGCAGUAACGGCUGCAAAGAUCCAGGAGGCAAUGUCCUGUGUUCCAGUGAUGAGGACCAAAUCACCAGAGGAUCUACUUCUACAGGACAGCAGAGCCAGGAAGUGGAGGAGGAGGAGGAGGAGGUUGAUGAGAUGGAGAGUGAGCCGGAGGAGUGCGAUCUGAGAGAUGAGCUGUUGGUAAUUCCAUUAGAACCGUUAGUACCUUACGUGACACUCGGUGACCCUCACCACCAUCGCCAGGUGGACAUCACCCUGCCACGGUCCGCCUUGGCCCAGGACGUGGUGUGGUCCCUUGAAGACCUUGCCCCUCUUCCUCCCAUCUCCCUCUCGCUCAAUCACCAGCCGUCUGUCCCUCUGGCCUCCCCCUCUACUGAAAGAACAUCAGGUCCUGCUGUUGGACUCUCCAGCCCUGCAGGACUCAGGCCACAGCUUUCCCCACAGGACUCCAACUCCCAGGAGGCUGCAGGAGAGCAUCUCAUUCCCUCCAGGAAUUCAGGUAGGAGUCAGGUCCAGGUGGAUACCCCCGGCGUUCACAACCUACCAAUCCAAGCGAUGGUACGGAUGACUCCACCUCACACUGAUGUACAACCAAAGCGACUGUCUGGACAAAUGAGGAGCAAAAGUGGGAACUUAAGUGACAAAAAAACACUGAAAGACCUUUUUAAGACAUUUGACCCCACAUCAUCUCCCUUCGGACAGUAACUGCAUUUGGAAUAUGGCUCAUAUUGUAUGCACUGUCGGUCAAUGGACUACGCACCCAAAGACUUACACAAACACUUAGCCUUCAUAUGAAUGCUUUUGCUCUAGUGUAUUUUCCCGCUAACAGAUCAGAACAGCAAUUCAUUGCAAAAUGAUUGUAUAAAAUGCAGGAAACCAUUGUGCGCGCACACACAAAACCCUCAACUCAAUUUGAUAAAGUGUUACUCAUAUUGAUAUCAUUACUUAGUAUCAGCUAAUGUUACUGAUGAAUAGUCAGCCUAGUCUGUCUCUGUGUGAAUUGAUUUAGGGAUUUUCUUAGAUGAGGCAUACAGCUCACAAAUGUUGAUGUUAUUUUACAUAAUAUAUCAUCAAUCAUGUACAUUAAGGUUCAAAAAUCAAAUUGUUUUAUUUCAUUUUAUUCAAGCAGAAAGUAACCUUUUGGAACACUUAGUCAGUUAACUAGUAACAAUUAACCGUUGCCCUCAUCCUCCACUCCUGCCGACUAAAUUUCCUCUUAUUUGAGUGAACAGUGGGUUAUUACACUCAACUGAUUCUUAUUACCAUGUGGAAAAUGUAAUUAUUUAAACUAAUGCCACACCAGUUCUGCUCUAUGUGAAUGUAGUGCUUCUCCCUCCUUAUAGUAAAGUGCUGUGAAAAAAGUUUUUGCCAACCCGUUCUAAGUUCCUCUACUUCUGCAUAUUUUUUAUACUGAUUAUUAGUGCCUUUGGAAAGUAUUCAGACCCCUUGACUUUUUCCACAUUUUGUUAG